CGUGCUCUCGAAACGUUUGCCAGAGCGCCGUUCGUCCUAUUUGAAAACUGAACCGUUAAUUGAACGUUAAUUUCAUUAAUUAAGAUUUGACAGUUGAUUUUUCUUUCCCACGAUGUCUCAAAAAUGGGCUCUUCUUGACUUUGGCGACUUAGGAAUAGACACCGUGGAAACGCGCCAUAUAGAGUUUCCUGAUGCUCGAAGAGAGGACCUGUGUAAUGAAUACUUCGAUGAUAUCGGAGAAAGCGAUGAUGAACGGGAAGUCACAUAUUACCACAAAGGAGGAGAUAAGGGCAAAGCAAAGCAGGGAAAGAAAGGAGCCAAGAAAGGCUGCACAGCGAAAAUUCUGAAGUUUGGCGACACAAAGGAUGAGUUAAAGAUGCCGCUGGCCAGGGCCUUGGAUGGCAAAAAUAUUAGUUCCCUUGAUAAAGAGUCGCCCUUGGGAAGGGGCAAACGGCAACAUGUUCCAAAUGUCAGAUUCACCGUUUCUGACUCGGAUGAGGAUGACAUUCAUGAGAUUCCCCUGAAGAAGGAAAAGAAAGAGAAAGAAAAGGCAGCAUCAAAUGUUGAUGUGGCAGAGGCGAAAAUGCUGGUGCAACAGAUCCUGAGCACCAGCAAAAAAAGUACAAUUACCACAGCACAGGGACCAACAGAGAUGGAGAUACGUGUAGAGGAGCUCGAGAAGGAGAAUGCCUCUCUACGUGCGGCAUUAUCUAUUAUUCAAGAGUUGCCAGCGUUGCUUGAGAGUGUUAGACAACUCACACAGACUCUCAAUAAGAAAGCCCCUACAUGCACUCAGUCUCGCUCACCAAAGGCCUUGCCAUCGACUUCAUCCAGUCCUACAUGUAGUAUGCAAGAACCCAAAGCUGUACCAGAUGAAGAUCUCUUGACAUCAGAUGGGAACAUAGUAUUGAACAAGGAAGCCCUUUGUGACCUAAAAAAGUCUUCACCAAGGGCUUUGGUGAAUGCCAUCAUGAGUGCAGCAUUCUCAAAGCAGGAGUUGAUUAAUCACUCAUUGACGGGUGCAAAAUGUAACUUGCACAAAGAAGACGGAAGGCCCCCUCUUCCACCCGGAAAAGUCGCGGCAGUCAAAGGCUUCGUCAAGAGGGUUUUCCCUGAAUACCAACUAUUCAACAAACAUGCGAGCGAAAAAAUUUCCAACUUGAGGAAAUCAAUUAAACAGUAAGGUGCAUACAUUGUCCCAAAUUUUAAAACCAUCAGUUGAACCCAUUAUGCUGAUUUCCUGUAUAAAGUAUGCUUAUUUACUGCAGAUAGUGAAAAAUGUCCAAUGAUGAAGCGCGCUUGUGUCAGUGUGCCAAACCAAUGCCUGUUUCCAUGAAUAAGUAUACUAUGUUCAUGAGUCCACUGUUUUAACGUAUUAUGAGUCCUUUCUUGAAACAGUCAUUUCCUGAAUGAAAUGGCAUACUUAUCAAUUUCAACAGGCGUCAGUUUGGUGCUAUGUGACGAAAGCGUGCAUCAUCAUUGGACAUUGUUUAAUAUCCGCGUUAAAUAAGCAUAAUUUUUACAAGAACUUGCAAAAACCAUGGAUUCAACCGAUGGUUUUAAAAACCACCUGUGUAAAUUAAUUCCAUAAGUAGUUAAUUGCCUAAAGAAAGUGAUCAUGCUAGAGAUUGUUGAUAUUAGUUUAAAAGAUGUAUUUCAUUAAUAUAUUAGAUUUUUGAUAUUAGAGUUUUCCCACUGUAGCUAACUUAACCCUAUCUAGGCCAGGGGGGGGGGCGCCUUGGAGGGCCUCAACGAGUCGCGCAAUAUUUUCUCCGCGCAAAAUUUGAGACCAAUGAGAGUAUGAGACCAAUUUGUGUCACCGGGGUACGCAGUUCCGAAAUUACGCAACGUUAUGUAAGUGCAUGUCAGACCAAAAAUUGCUCCAAAAUGUGAUUUCAUGUACA